CAAGAGGCAACUUCAAACAGUGAUAUCCCAAAAGCUCCUAAACCUGAACCUCCUGUACCAGAGACUAAGGAAACUUCACCAGAACGUAAUUCAAAGAAGGAGAGAGAGAAGGAGAAAGAGAAGACUCGUCAGAGAUCCCCAACUCGGUCCAAGUCAAGGUCCAGGUCUCGAUCCCGUUCUCCGUCUCAUUCUCGACCCAGAAGGCGUCAUAGAUCACGGUCAAGGUCUUACUCCCCUAGAAGGCGACCGAGCCCCCGCCGACGGCCGUCCCCGCGGAGGAGGAGCCCGCCCCGGCGAAUGCCUCCCCCACCCAGGCACAGGAGAAGCAGGUCCCCUGUGAGGAGGAGAAGACGCUCCUCGGCCUCCCUGUCCGGCAGCAGCUCCUCCUCCUCCUCGCGCUCCCGCUCGCCGCCAAAGAAGCCUCCCAAGAGAACGGCGUCCAGCCCCCCUCGCAAAACCCGCCGGCUCUCGCCCUCGGCCAGCCCUCCCCGGCGGCGGCACCGGCCAUCGCCGCCCCCCAGCCCCCCGGCCAAGCCCCGGCGCUCCCCGACGCCACAGCAGUCGAACCGCGCCAGGAAGAACCGCGGCUCCGUUUCACCCAGCAGGGCUGCAGCACCUAAACAUAAGAGCGCUGAUAAAAGAGAGUCUCCCUCGCCGGCACCGAAGCCAAGGAAGGCAGAGCUGUCGGAAUCAGAAGAAGACAAAGGAGGUAAAAUGGCUGCAGCAGAUUCUGUCCAACAGCGGCGCCAGUACAGGAGGCAAAAUCAACAGUCGUCAUCUGAUUCUGGUUCUUCAUCUUCCUCUGAAGAGGAGAGACCCAAGAGGUCCAACGUGAAGAACGGGGAGGUCGGCAGGCGCCGGCGCCACUCGCACUCUCGCAGCCCCUCGCCGUCUCCACGGAAACGACAGAAGGAGUCCUCCCCUCGGAUGCAGAUGGAAAAGAGGUGGCAGUCGCCAGUGAUGAAAAGCAGGAGGAGGAGGAGCCCCUCUCCCCCCCCAGCGCGGCGGCGACGCUCGCCCUCCCCGGCCCCCCCUCCCCGGCGCCGGCGCUCCCCGUCCCUGCCCCGGCGAAGGUCUCCCUCCCCGCCCCCUCGCAGACGCUCUCCCUCUCCCCGGAGAUAUUCCCCCCCUAUCCAGAGGCGAUAUUCCCCAUCCCCACCUCCCAAGAGAAGAACAGCUUCCCCUCCUCCCCCUCCCAAACGCAGGGCAUCCCCUUCCCCGCAGUCGAAGCGCAGAGUGUCCCACUCGCCGCCGCCAAAACAGAGGAGCUCCCCCACUGCCAAACGGCGCUCCCCUUCCGUAUCUUCCAAGCACAGGAAGGGGUCUCCCCCCAGCAGGUCCAACCGGGAAACGCGUUCCCCGCCCCAAAACAAAAGGCAUUCACCUUCGCCACGGCCUCGAGCUUCCCACCCCUCUGGCAGCCCAGCGCCGGCGCGGAGGGGAGCGUCGGCAUCGCCCCAGCGCAGACAGUCCCCGUCUCCCAGCUCCAGACCCAUCCGCAGGGUGUCCAGGACGCCUGAACCCAAGAAGACAAAGGCUUCCACCCCCAGCCCCCGGCGCGUGUCCUCGUCCCGCUCAGCCUCGGGCUCACCCGAGCCAGCCCCCAAAAAGCACCAGGGACCUGCAUCUCCUGCUCGCUCUCGUUCUCCCUCUGCCAACUGGUCACCUGCAAAAAAGGCCAAAAGCCCAACUCAGAGCCCCUCACCUGCCAGGAAUUCAGAUCAAGAAGGGGGCGGCAAGAAGAAGAAGAAAAAGAAGGAUAAGAAGCAUAAAAAGGAUAAAAAGCACAAGAAACACAAAAAACACAAGAAGGAGAAGGCGGCGGCGGCCGCAGCGACCGCUGCUGUGGCUGCAGCAGACACCACCUCAGCACAGGAAGACCAGGAAGCGGAGACAGAACCCAAAAAGGAGACAGAAAGUGAACCUGAAGACAACCUGGAUGACCUAGAGAAGCACCUGCGAGAGAAGGCCCUGAGGUCCAUGAGGAAGGCGCAAGUAUCCCCACCAUCCUAGGCCCAGCCCUUUGAUAUAAUGUACAUUUUAUUUGGUUUGUACUCAGAAUUCAAUUUCAAAUUGCUAAAUGUGUUUGAGCUUUAGAAUAUAACAUUUGUUGUAAUAAUUGCUAGGUUGAGGUUCACCAUGUACAAAAGGGCAUGGAUUUACAUUACAAAAGGUGUCCACAGUGUACUAGUGACAUUCUUUCAUUGACAGCAUAAUUUCAUUUAGAGUGAGACUUCUUAGAAGCAGUAGGAAUUUUGUUUUGAAGGUUUGAAACAUGACCGUCAGUCCCCUCGUUUCUUUGAACUCCAACAAAGCCCUGAGCAUAAUUUGUGAGGGUCUCAUUUGACUUCUUUUGUAUCCACUUACAUGAUGCUACUAACCCUUGUGGUUUGUAAGCUUGCCCAGGAGUAAAACCACUGCAGAAUUCCAAGGAAGUGCAUCUCUAUUUUAAUGCUCUCUACUGUUGCCUGUAUAGUCUCCAUUUAAAGCCAAUCAAGAAUAGCAAUUUAGAGUGGUACAGAAAAUGAAAGCAUGUUGUUUACCAGGACACUGUGGGUUUAUCUUGAUGUUAACAUGUUGAUUUGGAACACUGGAAUUUCAUUUGUAUUUUUAUGUUCUUUUUUUUAAAGGGCAGUUUCCAUGAUCAGCAGUCCCAGAAAACAAACAAACAAACAAAAAUUUCCUUCAGUUCCAUAAAUUUUGUUUGUGAGCUGUCGUUGCCCCAAUUCAUAAAUCUUGUCUCGUUACGGUUCUUCGGGAUGGUCAGAGCAACUUUCAGAGAUGUGGUCUUUGAAAGUUUGAGGAACCUGAACUUUGGAUAUUGUCAUGUUUUCACUGUUCUUUGUUUUUGUUUUUUUAACUAAAGCUAUAUAAAGCUUGUGGAUUAAACAAAAAUAAAUUUCUAAAUUUAAA